AUCAUAUGGGCGCUUACUAGUCUGCGGCCUAGCUAGAUCUGCGGCCUGCGGCAUGCGGCACGCUGCAUCGAUCCCCUCCACAUCAUAGGUACCCCAUAUCCCCUGCCCAGAUCCACAUCAUGCCCUUCUCUUCCUCCACUUCACAUCUCAUUCCCCAUGUCACUUCACCUGACCGGCCAUUCCUCCCACAGUCUCCCUCCUCAUUCCCAACCACUUAUCGAAUAUGGUCAAAUCCCGUCAACAGACCAACUGUCGAGGAGAUCCAAGCGGCUUCAAGGGCAGAGGGACGCCCUCAUUCCUCUUCCCCCUCCAAAAUGUCCAAGGCUGACAAGGUCAACGGCGGCAAAACUCGAGCGGUCCCCUUCCCUCCUUGACGAUUUGUCCGACGACAAUAACGAAGAUAUCGGACCACACUCUCGCGUCGAGAAGGAAGAGGACCCAGAUUUCUCUCUCGUCACUUCCAUCACUCGUCAAUCAAAACCUCGAGGAAAAAACCGACGGGUUGAACCAACAUACAACACUCUAGACGUAGAAGUCGAACCACUUCCCAAAGAGGAUAAGAAGCCAGCGGCUGCUCGGGCGCAUUCCGCUUGGAAAGUUUCGAGAGCAAACGUGAGCGCUUUGAACGCUCUCGGACUACGAGAUUGGACGCCUGCGAUCCCUCCCCCGCUACCCAAACGUGCCUCCCGACCUGACGCCUCCAACGCCCCUCCCAAAUCGAAACUCAAGAAGUCAUCCACCAAAGAGACCGAGCUCAGGCAGAGAACAGACACCACGCCGCUGCGAGAGCUGACCGAAAUCAUCGGAACCGGUUCAACCGUACCCACGUUAACCGAUCAUCUCGGGAUCUCGUCCAGCCUCUUCACCAAAGUUUUGCGAAUCAUUGCCAAACUCCCGGCUCCUGUGCAGAUUCUAAAAGUCAUCAAGCAUCCUCCACCCAAGACUCGUCCACCAGUAUGGGCCGAAUCACGUCAAGAACUAUGCGAGACUUUACCCUAUUAUCGAGCUUAUCAGUCUGGGCUAUACAUGCAUGCAAAAAUGGGAUAUGGGUACCUUUUGGACGGCUUUGGAGCUCCUCGAGACAUUUGGGCACAUGAAGGAAGAGUGAUCAUCUCUCAUGGCGGAGGACAGUCCACACAUCAUCCUUCGACCGCUCGUGUUGUCCUAUGCGACGACCAGUCUUCCGAGCAAGCUCGUAUCGACACCUUACUGCAAGCAGCGAGGAACCGUACGCCCAUCGUUUUGCUCGCUGGCGAAGGAUACGAACUGCUGCCUUGGGAGCCGGGGUGUACGUACUGGGUGUCGGCGACAUGGGUCGAAGCGGAGCCAGUCGCACAGGGUAUUGAAGCGCCGGCAGGCAGAGAUUAUCAUCAUCGAUACAAGAUACGUUUCGACUGGAUAGACACUCAGGGUGACCCCUGGUGGAUUGACGAGCACUCUUCAACCCCGUCCGACGAAGAGAUCGUAGAGAAGAUGGUCGAGGAGGCGAGUCCGGAUACGAGCUCCGAUCACUACGAUUCUGGGCUUCCGUUGGUGCCGUCAGGUUUGGAAGACAUGCUCAAACUCCUACCUGUAUCCUCUCACAAAGAAAACUGCAAUGGCCCAGCUCCAGGACAUCUCAUCGUCGAUGGCCUACCCACACCCCCUAUCACGCCGCCUCGAGCAAAGGACCCGAUGGAUCACGCUAGCCCCUCACUUCGUAGUGCAUCGUCAAUCGAGCCAAUCGGUCACGACAAGUGCGAGAUCUCGAGUCCAACAACAGCAACGGAAAUUAUAGACGCAUUAGACCGACCCGAACAGAUAUGUCCCACCUGCAAACAACCCUCACUUCAGAUCUACCUCGAGGGCUGGACCUGUCUCAUACACUCAUGUCCUCAGUUCUGGCUCCUAUCCACUUGUAUUGGCUUGACACCUAUUCCUCCAGGCAUCAGUCUGACGUAUCAUCCUUCAUUCCUCCGACACAUGAGUACACCCUCUAGUGUGAAGAUUCCCUACAGCAUCCUCCCCCCUCUCCCUACCACACUUCCCGGUGGCGGCAUGGGUGAUCGUAAUAUCUGGAAAGGUUUUGUAUGUGAAUGCGGACGAGCAAACUGUCGAUAUCGAUGGGAAACGUGGGAAUGCAGACAUUGCGGAAAGCAAUUUGGAGCUUUGACAAAUGCCGACAUUGUCCCUCCGGAAGUGCUCAAUUCUGCUGGGACACUCCUGGGGAAUGCACUCGUCAACGAUGAUAUCCUUCAAACGGAAAUCAAACGACUUUCUUCUCCCCCAGCCACCGUCCUGACAUAUCAACUGCAAGGUGGUGUGGUAUAUCAUAUCAUUCCCGACUUCACCGCCCAUUCCGACGCCUUGUUCCAAGCAUAUCAACAAGAAGCAGUGUCCACGCAGGAUCCGUUGUUUCAACGAAGAGCUCUCAAGGCUAACACUGGUUUGUUCUUACCUGUGAAAGGACAGACUUUAGCCCAACAUUUCACACUCAAUUCAGGGGCGGAAUACAAAUAUGCCGUCGACACUGUCUCCGUAUCGUUCGAAGAUUCCCCGGCUUGUGUCAUGGAAGCAUUAGCUCUGUAUGUCAUCUUGUUGUUCCUUCGCUUAGAAACUCACGUUAGAUUACGUACCGAAGCCUUGAGGGUGUUGGGGGAAGAAGCAAAUUUCAACGAAAUCCUGUCCGUAUUAUAUUGUCAAGGACAGAAAAUGAAUUGGCAUGAUGAUGGUGAAGAAGGACUCGGUCCUAUAGUCGCAUCCCUCAGUCUCGGCUCACAAGCCACCAUGUCUUUCCGUCGUAAGACCCGUAGACUCAGACUACCCGACGGUCAAACGAAAGUCAACGCGGUACCAAGUCUCAGUAUCACCCUCUCACACGGUGACGUGGUCAUCAUGCAGGGAGACAAACUGCAGAGGAGGUACGAGCACAGGGUUGUGCCCAAGGGAUUCAGGAUAGCCGCGACUGCUCGGUACAUCGAUAAUGCUCAGUGA